ACUUAGGCUAUACAAACGUGGCGCCUCGCAUAAGCUCUUCUCCAAUGCGAGAGAACCUGCUGCUGCCAGUUUAAUAUCGAUUCGUGACAUAAGGUACUUUCCUUGAAGAUGGAGAACCACUUCCCAGUCAAGAAAAAUGCGAUGCUGGCCAAGGGCACUUUUGCUUCGAAAGUCGCUUUCGUUACGGGCGGGGGAACGGGACUUGGGAAAGGAAUGGCAGGAAUUCUCGCCUCCCUUGGUGCCUCCGUUGUCAUCGCCAGCAGGAAACUGAAGGUCUUGGAAGCAGCGGCAUCAGAAAUCAGAAGUGCAACUGGAGGGGAGGUAUUUCCUGUCCAAAUGGAUGUGAGAGACCCCAGCUCUGUGGAGAAUGCCUUCAACGAAGCAGAGCGCAGGUUCUCAUUGCCCACAAUAAUCAUCAAUAAUGCAGCUGGGAACUUUAUUUCCCCAUCAGAACGCAUAUCUUCAAAUGCAUGGCGAACCAUUAUUGACAUAGUUCUCAACGGGACAGCUCAUGUAACCCUAGAGGCUGGAAAAAGACUCAUCAAGCAAAAUAAAGGAGGGGUCUUUCUGGCUAUCACAACACCAUAUGCACAGCUGGGCUCUGGCUACGUAACCCCAAGUGCUUCAGCCAAGGCGGGUGUAGAAGCACUGACCAAGUCUCUUGCUGCUGAAUGGGGCAAGUAUGGAAUGAGACUGAACUGCAUUGCCCCAGGCCCAAUAUAUACUGAAGGGGCCUUCAGUCGCCUUGACCCCAGUGGCAGUUUCAAAGACCAUGCACUGGAUCGAAUCCCAGCUGGUCGAUUUGGUGAGAUUGAGGAACUGGCCAAUUUGGCUGCCUAUCUUGUGUCCGAUUAUUCUUCCUGGAUUUCAGGAGAAGUUAUUCGAUUUGAUGGUGGGGAAUUGCCAAUGAUGGCUGGAGAAUUUAACAUGCUGAAGAACAUUGACUCAGAGCAUUGGGAUGCUAUUGAGAAGAUGAUUCGUCAGAGCAAUGCAAAGUCCAAGCUCUGAACCUGUGACCCCCAUUUGCAUAUCAGCUCAUUUCUUCAUUGAUACUUCUACAAUUUUCUACUUUACUUAAUUUGUAUUAGGAUGCAGUUGUUGAUGAUGCUAUAUUGGGAUUCAUUGCUGUUACUCAAGUGGGUCACCAUCUUUGAUGCUUCAAUAAAUUUUAUUUUGGGGA